AAAAAAAAGCACUCAAUUUCAACGUAAAUAAUUUCGGCGGCAGUGGCUGUGCCUCUGCGCGCGCGCGCGGAAAAUGCACUUCCCCUAGUGUCACUCCGACUUCGAGAAUAGGCAAAAAUGGAGGUGGGCAGAUUACCGAUCUCAGCGACGCUGCGAGGUAAACUGAUUUCAGCAGGCUAUACUUCUCUCUCCUCUCUCGCUUCCAUAUUGCCUUCCGACCUUUCUCGAGAACUGGAAAUCUCAAACAAUGAAGCUUUUGAAAUUCUUAAGUUUGCAUCACAUGGUAAUAGGCUGGACAGGCCAGAUGGGAGUAGUGCUAUUGUUAAUGGUGCAGAGACUGCUUGGGAUAUGCUCCACAAGGAGCAGUUAGUUCCACGUAUUACUACAUCGUGUGCAGAUCUAGAUAACCUUCUUGGCGGAGGAAUUAGUAGCCGUGAAGUUACGGAAAUUGGUGGAGUUCCAGGCGUAGGUAAAACACAGCUUGGGAUUCAACUUGCUGUAAAUGCUCAAAUUCCAGGUGCAUUUGGUGGCCUAGGUGGAAAAGCAGUUUAUAUAGAUACAGAGGGGAGCUUUAUGGUGGAGCGUGCUGCUCAAAUUGCUGAAGCAUGUAUAGAAGAUAUGUCAGAUUACAGUGUCUUACUAAAGAAGAAUGCAAUACCUCAUCAAAUUCAAAUCCAACCAAAGGAUAUCUUGGAAAACAUAUUUUACUUUCGUGUCUGUAGCUAUACAGAGCAGAUUGCUCUAAUAAAUUAUCUGGACAAGUUCAUUACUGAGCACAAAGAUGUUAAGGUUGUCAUAGUUGAUAGUGUGACAUUUCAUUUCCGCCAAAAUUUUGAUGACUUGGCCCUUAGAACACGAUUGCUCAGUGGAAUGGCUCUUAAGUUGAUGAAGCUUGCCAAGAAGUUUAGUUUGGCUGUGGUUCUAUUCAAUCAGGUGACCACUAAGUUCAUCGAAGGUUCAUUCCAAUUAACUCUUGCAUUGGGUGAGAGCUGGUCACACUCGUGCACAAAUCGGGUUAUUUUAUAUUGGAACGGUGACGAAAGGUACGCAUAUCUCGAAAAGUCACCCUCUCUUCGAUCUGCAUCAGCACCUUAUUCUGUGACCUGUAGAGGUAUUAGAAAUUCUACCUCGAGUAAUAAGAGAACCAAAAUGAUGUAGGGCCUUUAAAGCUACAUUUAUUCGUCUUAUUCUCAUGUUUCAUCUAAUUUUGGCAUGAAAUUAUCUGAAUGGAUCUUGGAUCUGCUUCCUCACCUACUGCAUGGAACUAUUCUGACAUGAUGGGAGAUUGAAAAUUGUCAGUUUUUAUUAA